CCUUCUUCCAGCACAGCUUCAUCAUAUCGUGCAGCGACUCGGGGCAGCCCUGCGGGCACGGCAUGCGGUAGCCGCGCUCCACCUGCUCCAGAACUUCGCGGUUCACCAUGCCUGCAAGAAAACGAGCCAGCCAGUCACUCGAGUGGUUGUGCCUGUCUGGACUAUGUAAGGCAGACACUGAUUAUUGAACUGUCUCAGCUCCUCUCAGCUCAUCGGUGCGGCACUAAUAUGAGUCGUUCUUCGCAGAAGACAAAGAAGAUGUGACUCACUCUUCUUAUUAGCCCCCAUCCAAACAAAUGGGGGGGCGCUGUACCGAAACGGGCCGGCUGGACGGAAGGAUGGACGAACACCAGUGGGACCUGAUGACGUGGGCACCUCCCUCCCAUCCCGCCCUUCCACCUUCGCGACUAGUGAAGGCUGCAUAAAAAAGCAGGCAGAAGCAAGAGCAGAGGAAGACACACGCACACUCCCAAAAAGUUCCCUGGAACGCAAAUGUUGGGAGGAGGACACGGCGACGCUACGGAGGACACGAGACACCCACAACCAGAAGAAGAAAAGGAGGAGGACGAGGAAAGAGGAAGAGGCGCUUGCAUCCCACUCCCUCGUGCACAGGGGCUCUUCCAACGCAAAAUGUCCAGCAAAGCCACGCUUGCCUUGCUCAUCUACGGCAUCUUCAUGCAGCACAGUGCCGGCAGCGGAUCGCAACUGGGGCUCGCCUUUCCGCAUGUCACGCUUGAGGGUGAAUUGUACGACGAAGACGGGAACUCGCUGCCGCCAUUGGAUUACGAUGGCCAGGAGGUGCGAAGUCCAUCCAUGGGGACGCAAGACCAUGACGUCUACUCCCCGUUCUACCCGCCGCCUGACAAGAGGACGGAACGGCACGCAGAUGGCAUGUUCAACAAAGCGUACAGGAAAGCGUUGGGUCAGUUGUCGGCCAGGAAAUAUCUCCAUUCGCUCAUGGCCAAGCGGAUCGGCGGCGGCAGGGUGAUGGAGGACAACGGCGAGCCGCUGUCCAAGCGCCACUCGGACGGCAUCUUCACGGACAGCUACAGCCGCUACCGCAAGCAGAUGGCGGUCAAGAAGUACCUGGCCGCCGUGUUGGGCAAAAGACUUGAAGACAUAGAUUUGAGCGGCGUCGACUUUGACGCCCUCCUGGACGGGGAGGACUUUGAGGCUUUUUGGGGGGACUGGCUCAAACUGCUCCCCCCGAAAUACCUGGUGAGUCAUUUUUUUGGAGGGGAAGGUGGGGCUUUUGCUCUUGUGCCCCCCUCCCUUGUCACCUCGUACUCUGUCCUUUCCUGAAAUGUCUUCAUCCAUCCUAAAUCUAAGGAUCUUUUGAGUACCUUUGUGGGUCUUUGGGUCCUUCUCUCCUUCCGCAAGUGAGCUUAAGCCUUCCACUGUUGUUAAGAGCCAAUCUUGUUUGUCUGUGGAAACAAAACAAAACAAAAAAAAGUUCUUGUGGGUUUCAACAUGUCUCUCUCUCUGACCAUAUAAGAAGUAUCUGUCUGCUGAUACUGACAGUUUUUAAUUUGAUUCUUUUUCAACUGUAACUGUAGUCGCACUCCUGUCUCAUCUCUGACGUCACUAUUUCAAAACUACUGAUGUAGUUCCACUCCAGUUCUGUAGGAGGCUGUAAGGUAAAUCACUAAGCAUUUAACAUUACUCCAAACAGAAAACUUGAUUUACAGAUGCAUCUCCUGCAUUUGGUGGGGCCCUCACUGCCCCGAUGCAAGCAGACCUAAACGUGCAAAAGUGAAAAUCUGCACCUUGAAGCAGAUUUGCUUCAAAUUCCAUUUUUUUUUCUUUGCACCCCGUACCAGUUGUUCUUUAAAGCGUCUCAAUGAUCUUUUUCGUUCGACUGAACUAAUUAUUGACUUAGCCAAAACCAAAAGACGAUACUUGUUACAUGGUUGUUCCUCGAGAGAGACACAUGACCUUCUGGUUCCGCUUCUGUGCUUCCUUUUCUCAUCUUUUGUUCCCAACAACUGUGUUUAAUAAAAGGAAAAAAGUCAAGAAAUUGAAAUGCAUGAUUAAAAUGAGUUUAAAAAAAUGCACUGACUCACUGCAACCAACAAAUGCAUACACACACACACACACACACACACACACACACACAUCUGGCAUGUCCUGUCUGCGUCGUCACAUGAAUGUUGAACGGCCGACUGAGAGGCUUUUAAUGUCCAGCUUGACAUUUUGACUUGACUUUUAUGAUCGUGUACAAAGACAAACUGUGAAGGAAAAGCAGCGAGAUAAAGUGGAAAUGUUCUGCUGGGAUAUUCUUUUUUUUCUGUUUUUGUUGACUGCUGUGCACUCUCCUCCAGGCUUUGUGACGCAGGAAGCAGUUUUAGCGGCUGCACGCUACCUUGCAUCAAUUUUUUUUAAUUUUUAUUAAAUGGCCCUGAAUGACAGAUGGCCAUUUAAGAGGCCCUACAAUGCUGCACAUCAUCAGUUCACAUUUCAAGCCCACACUCCAUCCAGCCUCGUCAACCCAUUUAUUUUUUUUGCCUGAUUGCCCUUCAGACAUCAUUUUUCUCCCUCUCUCCUUUUUUUUUUGGUGUUUGUUUUCAAGUGGAGGCAAGGAAAAUGUCCCACGUGUACGAUACGAGCCAAUAGCCUUACGAAGAUGACACUCAAAAGAUAUAUUGACACUUACUUGCAAAACGUGAUUAUUCUGAUCGUUAUUAUUCGACGAGCUGGUUAAGUGUUGUACAAUUUUGUUGGAAUAAAUUUUUGUAAAGAACAAAACAA